AUGGGAAGCAUUCAAAACCAGGGCACUCAUGUCGUGCUUAUCGCCUUACCCGGUUUUGGUCACGUCCGGCCAGCAAUAGCUCUAUCAAUCAAAUUGUUAGCUCUAGGGUACACAGUUACCGUCAUCAGUGGGACCACCUUCCAGGAGAAGAUAGAAGCGGUCAAAGGUGUGGAUUUCGUUCCUCUCAAAGGCAAAGCAAAUAUCGAUUUGGAGACGCCUCUGGAUGAACGCUACCCAGACAGACCAAAGGAGAACACGAUCCUCUUCGAUAUGGAGAAGAUCUUCAUCGCCGCUCUCGAUGAACAAUACGAGACUGUAAAGGAGGUUAUUGAGAGGCCAGACCUGCGUGAUCGGAAAGUGGUGAUCGUGCAGGAUGGAACUUUUGUGGGGACAAUGCCCAUGACACUUGGAAGUCCUCAGAUACGACGUGUGCCGGUCAUCGGACUAGGACACUUCCCACUUGGAAUCUUGAGCAAAAGUACUGCGCCCUUCAACUCAGGUCUACUCAGUCAAGGAGAGGAGAUGAAUCAAAAAAUGAACGAAGGCGUUAUCGCCAUGUUCCAACCAGUAAUGGAGGUCCAAAGGCGCCUACUCGAGCCUUACCAGUGCGCAAAAGAGCUACCGUCGAAGUUUCUCCUCGACAAUUGGGUUCAGCYCUGCGACAUUUACUGUCAAUUGUGUGUCCCAGAACUGGAACUGCGUCGUAGCGACUUGCCCAAGAACGUUCGAUUCUGCGGCGCGUUGACCGGAUACAAUGGCAACAUCGACAGCGUGACGCCACAUCCAGAAUGGUUCGACGAAUUCGUUCUAGCCGAUACAACGGAUCGGCCACUCAUUCUGGUCUCCUCUGGCACCAUGCCAGGGCUGGAUGUGAAUCACUUGAUUAUGCCAACGAUUGAGGCCUGCAAGGAUCUCAAUGUGCGAGUCGUUGUGUGUGCCGUCAAAGUGGACUUUCCUGCCGGCGUGGAGCUUCCACAGAACGUGCGCUGGGCCCAAUGGAUCCCAUUCGAGGACAUCUUCCCACAUACCUCGCUUGUAGUCUCAAGCGGAGGCUAUGGUGGAGUCAAUCAGGCUUUCGUGAACGGUAUCCCCAUGAUCCUUGCCGGUAUGACCGAAGACAAGCAGCAUAAUGGAGUACUCGGAGAACUCACUGGCGCCGCCAUUAACCUUAGGACGCAGACACCGACUGUGGAGCAAGUCAAGAACGCUGUGCUGGAGAUUCAGAAGACCCCGUCUUAUAAGGAGAAAGCGCAGGGACUCAAGAAGGCGUACGCUGCAUGCGACCCCAUGAAGAGUGUCGUGGACGCGAUAGAAGAGGUCUCAUCGAAAUUCUAUGCCGAUAGUGGAGCACAGACUGUUGCUGGUAGCCAGAGUGCAUGA